AUGGCGAGCUUCCGCGCCCUCCUGCUGGCCUGCUGUGCUGUGGUCGGCUGCCAGGAGAAAGUGCGUGCCGUGAUUUCCGUGGAUCUCGCCAGAUUCUACUCCCGUGUCACGUUUGCGGCUCCAAAGACAGCACUUGCUGUUGCAUAUCUCUUGCACGAGCCCAAUGUGCAGGUCUUGGCCCUGGCUUCUGGUUUCGGGCUUAGCCGGAACUGGUACCAGCGACUUCUGCUGAAGCAUCCCUGCACGGCUGCGGAGAUGUUCCUGGCCGACCUCCAGCGACAAGACGUGCCUGUUGUCUGUGGCUUGACAUCAGGAACUUUUCUACAGCGCAGCACGGCUGAUGAUGUGCUCGACAAGCUGAUGGCAGGCUCGGGUGAGGAGCCUGCCACUUGGCUGGUGCUGGACUCGAUGAUCUCCGAGUUCGCCUUUGCUGGGCCGGGGCUCCGUUGGCUCGGGGCCGAAUCCGGCAGCUUCCUGGGGGCUCCAGGUUUGAUGUUGCGCAGCUGGCAGGACUCCCUCAACGAGGUGACGCCUCGGUUGCGACUGGUCCGCGUUUCUGGGAACUCCACGCUUGACAAGGAGAUUGGCAAAUGUCGAGGUUCCUGGAUGGCGCAUCACUAUCGAAGAGCCCCGUUCGUGUCGACCAUCCAGCAGCAGAUAUCUCCAACGGCAUCAAAGUUUGCCACGAGCAGCAAUGCCAUCGCAGCUAACGCCAUCUUAGGCUUGGUCAGCGUAAUCUUCCCGCAGGAUGACGAUGCUCCGCUCCUCGCCGCCGCGCUGGUGGCAGAGGCUUCUGGGGACUGCGCGGCCGUGUCGCUGGAGGGGCAGACCCAGGUUUCACCGGAAGUCUGCCGCCAAGAGAGAAGAGAGGAUCCGCCUGACACAGUUUAUGUCAAGCUGCAAGACGUGACUGAGACAAGUCUUAUGCGCGUCGUGAGCACUCUUUGCGAUGUCGCUCCGUCCAAAGUGGCGGAAGGCGCUCUCAAGGAGGCCCAUGGCGAAAGCUACCUCAGGACGGUCUAUGCAGUCAGGAUGGAGAUGGCUGCUCGCCUGGCCAGUGAAGGCCAGAGCUGUGCUGGGCAAGUGGCAAUUCCGAAGCUGUUGCUCCUACAGGCUGGCGUAGAGGAGAUCAAGAAAGCGCACCGAGCGAGAGUGGCGGGGCUGGCUCAGGCCCUGUCCCGCUUCCAGCACUCGGCAGAGGAUGCAGAGGUGUCUGGCGCUCGCCAGGACCUGGAGCGCUGGCGGCGGCUCGCACGGGGCUCGGCAGAGGAGCUGCCGAAGCUGCUCAAGGACGCUCUGGAGCGCCGCGACGUGCCAAAGCUGCGCGAGGCCAUGAGCGACAUGAGCAAAGACGGUCCGAAGAACAUUGACGGUGCCGAGGAGGCCAAAAAGAUGAUCAAGAGGUACCAGAUCCGAGCACGGGCAUUGGACCACGCAGUCGGGGAAAGGAAGAUCUCCUCUAUCCAGGCUGCAUUGGCGACAUGGGACUUCAGCCGCGACGAUGUGCAUGCUGUCAAGGUCCUGCGCAAAGAUGGUCCUCACUUGCAGCAGGUCACUCAGGAGUGGGAGUUUGACCGUACUGACGAGGACUACCAGCAGGCUAUGGCGGCCUUGCGUCGCUACGACAAGCUGGUGGAAGAUGUCGAGAGGAAUGUGCUGGACAACUGGGAGUGGUCCAAAGAUGACCCAGUCCACCUCGCUACCGAGAAGAAAAUCGCAGAGCAUGAAAAUGUGGCGAAGAACCGUUACAGAGAAGCGACGCACGCCCUGCGUUCUGAGCUCGGCGAAGCGAUCCGUGCAGCGGUGGAGGAAGCGGAAUUCAUGCGCACGGAGGCCCUGCAGGAGGUCCAGGUUCCGGGAGAUGAGGACGCUCUGCAGGCUCCGCAGGAGAACGUGCUCAUGUUCUCCACGACGGGCCUUCCACCCAAAGAAUACGAGCUGCGGACGCUCGUGCCAAGCUCAGUGGAAAACUGGCCCUUCAGUCUCGACGACCCCACUUUGCAGAUGGCAGUACCUCCUCGGAUCUACCACAAGUUCAUCAAGCUUCCUGAGAACAUUGUGCGUGGCAAGGUGGAGGAGUCCCUGAUGCGAGAGGCCACGAUGCAGGCCGUGGGUGCCAUGAGUCUAGGUGUGGAGCCGGAUGACCUGAUGAUGGCAGGUCGCAUCCCCACCCUUCGUGCGGCCUCGAAACCUCCAAGGGUGGUCCAUGGCAUCAUGGAGACGAUCUGUCAUUGCGUCGCUGGUAUUCACCCGGUUGUGCGUGACCCACCUCGGGACACUGGCUGGAGGAUUGAGAAUCUCACUUCUCUUCCGGAUUGGGUGGCAUCCGGCAGAACCGUAAGCUUCUUACCGGGUGAGCCGAUCGAAAGAGCCAAGGCUCACUGGGCCAAGGUGCAGGCAGAAGUGGGGCGACAGCAGGACUGCACCGUGGAGGCACAGCUUACACGGAGUUGCAGCAUCGAGACUUGUCAAGAUGUCUGGUCGCAGGCAGUCCGCCGUCAAAGCAUCUUGGCGGGACAGUUCCUGCUCUUCCUGGAACAGACAUUCGCACGGGCCCUGGCUGCUCAGAUCUGGCCAGCUGCCGUAGGCAAUCUUAGAAGGAGCUUCCCUUUGCUGCGCCUCCAGGUUGCUCCGGAGAAGCGUGCCCAUGCAAUUGCGAAAGAUGCAGAUGCACAGAGACUUUCUGACCUCCAGGCUCGGAAAGCAGAUGAAUAUGGUAUGCAAUAUGCAUCUUGCAUUGUAUCUUAA